AAUAACAAAUCAAUCCAAGAUCUCUGUCUUCUCGAUCUUCCCCUCUCUCUCCCGACCCAUGAUGCUAUGGAAGCUACUCUCUCUCAACUCUCUCUCGUUCCCACUCUCCCUCUCACGCGUUGGAAAUGGGCGCAUUCAGCAUCAGUAAUAGAUUUAAGCUGUGACUUGGUGGUCGAUCACAAGAUUUCACUUUGAAAAAUAAGUUCUUGUACAUAUUAUAUAGUUUUUAAUUUAAACAAAACCCCACAAAUUCUUACAGUCAAAAUCCUUAAACUAGCAUAUAUUAUUAAUAGAAAUUUGUUUAUGUUGCUAUAUUUUCUUUUAUUUGAUUACAAUUAGUGAAUUUCCCAAUCAAAAUUAAAUCAAAAUAAAGCGAGGAAAGAACAAUGACAUUUGUUGAGUGGGCUGCCAGAUUCAAUUUGUACAUUCUACAUAAUUUAGCUGACGCUAUAUUUAGGCGUCUAAAAACGAUAUGAACUGCAAACAUAAACGUAUUUGUUGUACAACUCUAGUGACAUUUGCUACCCUAGUGCGAAAUGUUAUUUAUUCAGUUAGCUUGGCAAUUAUCUAAUUUGCUAAAGUAAGAACACAUUUUUUUAAAGAUAAAAACUGAAAAGUUAUUUUUGCUGUCAGUCAAGUGUUAACUUUUUUAAACUCAUUUUAUUUAACACAUUUUUAAAAGCUAUUUUGAGUUUGUGAAUAUGUAAUGAUUUAAACAUUCCACCAGUCCUUUACCAUUUGUUUUUUUCCCAAAACGGUAGUAAAUAAAUCUAAUUCCUAGCCAUUGUAGUCCCAUCAUAAAUCGCAAAUUUCAUAUCUAAUUUCGUAAUCUCCUGCUGAAUGCGCCCGUUCGAUCGAGCCACGAAAUCUGACAAACAAACAAGGCCUACGUUUCAAGUCGAACAAGAUCGCACAGACAUUCGAAAAAUCGCACUACGCACAUACAAAUCACAGGUAUAUGACUGAGUUACCUGGAGAACCUGUUGAAUUAUUGAACAAUGUUUUUGGCGAACAAGCACUGACAAUGAAAUUGUAAAUGGUCAUGGAAAUGUCGUAGAGCCCCGGCGUCAAAUUGGCUCCAAGAGUUGUGCAGUUCGCUUAUCGGUUGUGCUUUAUUUGCUCUUUUUUUUACCGGCGAUAAUAAAAGCACACUCCCACCCACGAGUGCCAAAGAAAUUGGUCGGCGUCUCUGAAAUCCAGGUGUGUGUUUGCAUAAGAAUUUUGUCAGCGAUUCGGGGGGAAAAUUAAAUACCAACCGCCAGCUGGCACCUUCCGUUUUCGUUCUGUAAUAUCGGGGGCCUUAUUUAUAUUCACAUUUUUUAAGUGGUUACAUUUUGUUUAUUCUGGAACUCUGGAGGAAGUCAGGCGGGUGGAAAGCCCAAGCGAACUGGUUGUGUUUGACAGCUCAAGUUAUUGUUGACAUUAACCAGAUUUGUAUUUGUGUAAGCCCAAAAAAGGAGGCCCUCUCGUUGUCGAUCAGCACAGUUGAUUCGACUUGUUCGGAUUCCCUACGAUCAACUGAAAUUAUCUGGAAAUUAUCACAAAAAUAAUUGAAUUUAACAUCAAAAUAAAAAAAUACAUAUGAGUAUACGUUUUCCCGUAUUUUAUUAGUAUCUUGUUUUCAUAACUUUCUACAUUUGCCAUAUGUUUUCUAUAAAAAGUAAAGCAAACUUUAACAAAAGUCUGUUCAAACAUUCUGUUUAUUUGCUUAAUAGGCUUUAGCAUAUAUUUUGUAAUUUGUAGAGUAGAAAACUUUAACGCAAAAAUAAAUCUAAUUUAGAAAGUUAAAAAUACAGUCACCUGCUCUUAAUUAAUUUUUAUAUUGUUCGAUUUUUGUUAGUAAUAAUUUUUGAGAACCUGCUUAGCUUGUUAAUACUUAUUGAAAGAACAUAUUGAAAUGACAGGCAUCUUAAAAAUCCAACCACAUUAUUGUUCUGAGGUUUAAAAAAGCUUUACUCGACUUGUGUUGAAAAUGGCUAGUAAAAUGGAUAGAAACCUAGUCACUAUUGAUAUCUUAGCUUAGUUUGAAGGUGGGAAAAAAUCGAUACACAUUAUACCUUGACAUUUCCUACUCUGGCGUUCUGGUGAUGCAGUGCCUCCUCCUGCUGCUCCUUACCUUGACUUUUGGACAGGCGGAGGAAAGGAACAUUUACAUAACUGGAAAAUAUCACCACAAUGUGGUGUCCAUACGGACGCGUAAGCAAAUUCGCGGCUGGGGCGACAACCACUUCUGCGCCGGCUCCAUCCUGACCGCCCGAUGGGUCCUGACCUCCGGCUGCUGUGUGAGCACCCUGCCGGAGAGUACUCCAAACCAGGCCAGCACCCGAAAGAACAUGCGAGUGGUCGUCUUCACCCGCACGCGGUUGACAAAGCCGACGAGUAAAAAUAUGUUUGGCGUGGAUAAGGUGGUUCUGGACGAGGACCUCGAUGGAGAGUGCUCUAAAUUGGCUCUGCUGAAGCUGGAUCGUCCCAUUUCUGGCCAAAAAUUCGCCAUUAAGCUGCCAAAGCAGAAGAUGAACACAACAUGGCUUUGCAGCACCCUCGGAUGGGGCAGGAUGUACUUUAACGGACCCUACUCCAACGAGCUCCUCCAAUUGAGAUCGCAGGAGUCUCCGAUGUUUACUUGCAAGGCGGACUGCCAGAGCUGCCUCUGCAUGGGAAGUUUUACGGGCAGGGGCAACAUGUGCCAGUUGGACAUGGGCAGUCCGCUCUUUUGCGGUAACUUUCUUUACGGCGUGGCGCGACGGAUUCACAUGUGCAACGAUGAGGGCUUCAUGGUGUUUACCAGUAUCUAUCAUAAACGCAAGUUCAUUGAGAGGGUAUUAAAUUCGGCACGCUCGCAAACAAAAUCUAGACAAGCUUUGAUUAUUAUAAUCCCUAUGCUAACCUUGUUUUUGAUGGCUUGAUUCGUGUGGUUGUAAAGGUAACUAAUGAAAAAGUAGUUGAAUCGAAUUCUUUUAAGAAGAAACCCCAUUAUUUGUCUGAAUGCUAUACGUUCUUAUAUUAUUCAUGUUUUUAUCACAUUUUUUAUGUUUCCUUCUUAUUAAAGAGUAAACAAGAUAUGAUGAUCCAAUUAAAAGGGAAACAGAAAGUUCAGUUUUGGAAUAUUUACUAAAGAAUGGCAACAGUUAAAAAAUGAGUCGUUGAAAACUUUGAGAUUCCCAAAUAAGAAAUGACGGCAGUGACAAAUGCUAGUGUCAAACACCUUAAUUUCAACCUUCUCAUUAUUUUACCAGAGCAUAUUGACCUAAAAUAUGGUUUUGAAAGAUGCUGUGUACCACGUCCCUGAUGGUUCAAGUGGUUUUCGACCUGCUGAUUGAAUUUUGAAUCACUAGUUUAAGUUCAGGGCCUUCGCAGUGCCAAUGUGUGUCGUAUGUGCGUGUGUUUAAUCACUCGAUUUGUCUUCCCCAUUCAUCAGUCGAUGAUCGCUGAUCGAUUGCCAAAAGCAGCAGCAGACACCGCCCCCUCUCACCCUGCCCACCCCCCUUUCGCCACCCCUGUUACUGUUUGUUUUCCUGUAGUUUUGGUCUCGCCUCUUUCGAUUCUUCACCUGUCUGGUUUGGUAGCUAGUUCUCUUUCCGUUUCUAUUUCUCACCCACUCUCUCUUUAAACGCUUUCAUUCAAAUGGCCUAUGUACAGUGCAACUUCCUUGUAACGAACUUUUGCUAGUUGAAUUUAUUACUAAACUGUAUAUAAAGUUGACUAUUAGACUAAUACACUUUAUAAACAUGAUUGUAUCUUGUAAUGCGUAGAAAAAUGUAUUUAUUUUAUAUUUUACUAUUUAUUAUUAUCCAAUCAUUUUAGUUUUCAUAUUGUAUAUAGGAUAAAAAGCUUAAUCGAAUAGAAAUUAAUAUGUUUAUUGCCGAUGAAUAAAAAACCAGUGGUUUUUUUUUGUUUUGUUGUUAAUCUUUUAAAUUUGUUCUAAUCAAAUUCCCAAUUUCUGUUUGUUCUAUAUUAGUUACGGUAAUAGUUUUGUUUACCCAAGGUAUCUAACCUAAUAAUAUACAAUUUUCCCAU